AUGCGGCCGCGUGUUCCGUUUACGUGCCGUCUGUCCAACCGCCGCAUCCUGCGUGUGCGCGGGUCGGAUGCGCACGAGUUUCUGCAAGGCAUCUUCACCAACGACCUCCGCGAGUUGCACGCCAGUGGCAGCAUGUACGGCUGCUUUCUCUACUUCACCGGUCGAGUCAUGUGUGAUGCCCAUCUGCAUCAGUGCAGGCGGGUGCACGACGGCCAGGCUUCCAUCCUGGUGGACGUCGAUGCGAGCAGCGUGGAGGAGCUGUGCGAUCACCUGGGUGAGAUGAAGAUGCGCAAGAAGGUGGUGAUCGACAACGUGGGCGAGGACCUGGCCGUGGUGGCGUCGCUAGAGCACUCGGGGGAACUCGAAGGAUCGACAAGCUCUGUUCAAGGUGUCCGCAGUUAUGGUAGCGUCUCUACGGAGAACGCAUCAUCGUCGCAGACGUUGGAAGGACAGCACACGGAGUGUUUUGCGGAUGCCCGCAACGCUGUGCUUUUCCCGCCUCCUUCGAAGCCAAAGGUGCCACUGGAGACGACAAGCGUAUCCGCAGAUGGCGAUGGUCCCACUGCUGCUGCUACUGCUGCGACGCCCUCCUCCUCCUCCCUUUCAACGUCUUCGCAGCCGUGGUUUUUAAAGCGGUGCGUUGUGCCGCUGACGUGGGCGCCGCCGCUCGCCGCCAUGGACCCCUACUUCGAGCUGCUGUACAGCCGCGGCAUCGGCGAAGGCCCGUCCGUCUUCAAGAACAACAAAUCCCUUCCCUUUGAGGGCAACCUUGACUUCCUACAGGGGGUCAGCUUUCACAAGGGCUGCUACGUGGGGCAGGAGUUAACGCACCGCACGCACGUGAUGCUCGUCACGCGCAAGCGCACGGUGCCGUUGGUGUUUGGCGCCGCCGCCGCUGCUGCUGAUGAUGAUGGUCAUCAUUCGCACGCCACGCCGCGGCUGGUGGACGUGGGCGAAUCGCUUUACUCGUCCGAGAAGGAGAAAAUCGGGGAGGUGACGGGGGUGUGCGGUGGGGUCGGUGUGGGUCUGCUGCGUCUUCGCUACGUGGCGAAGGACAGCCACACUGUACCAGGACUCCAGCUGAAGGAUGGGACGCCGGUGCAGAUGACCUUGCCGGACUGGUGGCCGCGAAAGGAGGUGAAGAAGCUCCUCAAGAACAACACUUAA